GGUGCCACAUACAUCGCUUGCCUGGGAAGAGACCAAAAUUCGAAGUGCGGUUUCUGCUGAGCUCACAUGGCUUUUGCAUGACUGCAAAGUCGAAAAAUCUGAAGGUGAACCACUGACUCAAGAGGGGUAUCAUAUUGAAAAAAGAAAGAAAAGAGAUGGGGGGGACAGCCUGAUUACCACAUGCAAAUAUAAAAAAAGACAACCUCAACCAAUUGAACCACCGCCGGAUGGAGAAGCCAGCUGACACAUAAAGACGAGUCUCUGUGUUUAGGGAAGCUUGGGGCUCUGCUCCUUUUACUGCAAGAGAGCCUGAACUCAAUAAGUGCAAUUUUUUGAAGCAUGCCUGAGGGAUCCGGUCACUAUCAAGUCAAACUACAAACAGUAAAAGGUUGCUACCACGGCCAAAUAGCUCCUGAUAAUGGCAUCGCGGACUGAGGGCUUCACUGCACUCAAUGCCCAAGAAGGGGCCAAGACCAGGUGGCACUGCUAACAUUCUCUGCUGCAGCUAAUGAGUGGAAUUCACACACUAUCUCUUAUAAGGAAAAUUCUGAAGCCAUCAAAGCUACACACAAGGAACACGUCAUUUAGCACCUUCAUUUUCUGAUCCCUACACCCGACAAUGAGAAGUCACACCGCAACAAUGCCAACCACUUCGGCCUACAGCUGGCCUUGCUCUUCCCCGGAAGCGAACUUUACGGCUAAUCACAGCUUCCAAACGCCACACAUCACCUCAAAAUCACCAAAUGCUACCUGUGUCAUGGAUGAGAAACUGCUCUCUACUGUGUUAAUAGCAUCCUUCUCUGUUAUUUUCAUCGUGGGACUGGUCGGAAACAUAAUCGCCCUCUAUGUAUUUCUGGGUAUCCACCGCAAAAGAAAUUCCAUUCAGAUUUACCUACUGAAUGUAGCCAUUGCAGAUCUCUUACUGAUCUUCUGCCUGCCUUUCCGCAUAAUGUAUCACAUUAACCAGAACAAGUGGACACUUGGAGUGAUCCUUUGCAAGGCUGUGGGAACACUAUUUUAUAUGAACAUGUACAUUAGCAUUAUUUUGCUUGGCUUCAUCAGUUUGGAUCGCUACAUAAAAAUCAAUCGGUCUAUACAACAACGGAAGGCAGUAACAACCAAACAAAGUAUUUAUGUUUGCUGUAUAGUAUGGACAGUUGCUCUUGCUGGAUUUCUAACUAUGAUUAUUUUAACUCCUAAGAAAGAAGACCAUAAUUCCAAUAAUUCUACAAUGUGUUUCCAUUAUAGAGAGAAGAAGAAUGUCAAGGGAGAAGCAAUUUUUAACCUCAUUCUUGUGGUAAUGUUCUGGCUAAUUUUCUUACUAAUAAUCCUUUCGUAUAUUAAGAUUGGCAAGAAUCUACUGAGGAUUUCUAAAAGGAGGUCAAAAUUUCCCAAUUCUGGGAAAUAUGCCACCACGGCUCGGAAUUCCUUUAUCGUACUCAUCAUUUUUACUAUAUGUUUUGUUCCCUAUCAUGCCUUCCGAUUUGUCUAUAUUUUUUCACAGCUAAAUAAUCCACCUUGCUAUUGGAAGGAAAUCAUUCACAAAACCAAUGAGAUCAUGCUGGUUUUCUCAUCUUUCAAUAGCUGCUUAGACCCAGUCAUGUAUUUCCUGAUGUCCAGUAACAUCCGCAAAAUAAUGUGCCAGCUUCUUUCCAGACGCUUUCAAGGGGAAGCAAGCAGAAGUGAAAGCACAUCAGAAUUUAAACCAGGGUACUCCCUUCAUGAUACAUCCGCUGCAGCUAAAAUUCAGUCUCCUUCUUAAAUCACUUGAGGUAAACACAUUAAAAAGAACGAGAAAAUACAACAUCUUAAUGCUUCAAAGAACAGAAACCUAUGUAACAAAGCCCUACCAUUUGCAAAGCUCAGAUCUACUCAAAACUCUCUGCAUAGUUGUGACACUUCAUUUGCUUAGUUGUAUAUAUUUCAAGGGCAAGAAAACUUAUACUCAUCACUAGAUUUUAAAUCUGUAUGUAAAAUCUUUUCAAAAUAUGUUGUUAACACUCUUAACAUAGAUUUUAAAGUUAAGUGAAAUUUAUAGUUUUAACAAUAAAAUAAUUAAAAUGUAUUUUCACUAAGGUAGUUACUCAAAAUUAAGCACUUAAUAUUAGAGUGUGUUUAAAAGGUAAAUGAUUCGGGGGGGCACCUGGGUGGCUCAGUCAGUUAAGCGUCUGACUUUGGCUCAGGUCAUGAUCUUGUGGUUCGUGG